AUGGCUUCAUCUAAUAUCUCCUUUUCUAAGUACCAUGGAUUGGGAAAUCACGUCGUCAUCGUGGAUAACCGACAGGGUCUGCACGAUUUUUCCGAUCAACAGUUAAACAGGGAUAUCUGCUGUACGAAAACAGGAGUUGGAGCUGACUGUAUACUGGAGGUGAUCAACUGUCGCCACGGCAACCACAAAUCCUGCGCCUUCCAGUAUGUCACUCAUCUCACUACUGGAGAACUGGGCGGAUUCUGUGGCAACGGAAGCCGCUGUUUGGUAGAAUUUGCCCGGAAGAUCGGUGUCGUACCGCCAGAGGGCACAUUUUCGUUUUGCGGACCGGAUGGGGCGCACUGGGGCCGCCAUCUUGUCGAGAAAGGAUUGGUGGAAAUCAGCAUUCGUGACGUCAGUGAAAUCAAGAAACACAAUGAUCAAAGUUAUUCUAUCUUUACGCGCACACUUUGUCAUGUGGAAUUCGUCGAAGAUGUAAAAGAAUUUGAUCUUCAAAACUUUGGAGAGAAAAUCGAGGCUGAUGCUAAAUUGUAUCCGACAGGACUGGACAAUAUCAUGAUAGCUAAAGAAAGGGAAGGGGAGGUAACUAUGCGGUCGUACGAGAGCGGAGUGAAAGGUGAAACUUGGGCGUGCGGAACUGGGGCGACCGCUGUUGCCUUAGUAACUGAUUUUCGAAGUAAUGCAUUCAACGAAAACUGUCGAGGAUUUACGAAAGCAAUUAAUGCUCGGUGUGUUUCUCACUUCAAACACUUGCGACCGGCUCGGAUAGCACAGUUGGUAGAGCGUCGGCUUCGGGACCAGUAG